CGAAUUGGGUCUCAAGGUAGAACGAACGAACAUUUCUCGGCAUUUCAAUUCAGUUGCCGUGAAAAAUACAAAAAUACCAACAAGAAAAACAACACAAAAAGUAAAGAACAAACUGAAGCUCUAGCUGUGCGGCAUAUGCGGCGUAUGAGUGAUGCUCCAGUUCAUGAAUUUUUCAUAAAAUUCGGUUACCACCUCUCGUUUCAACUCGCUUCUCGUCUCAAUUCAUCUUAAUCUCAUCCCAAUUCAUCUCAUACCAUCGCAUCUGACGUUCGUUGGCACUCGGAACGCGUGUGCUUAAUUAUAUAGCCCGCAUCCUAUAAGGAGGAAAGAAAAACACAAAAACAAACUGCAAAUUAAAUUAAACUGGUUUAUUUCUGUUAUAUUUUUUGUGGGUCUGGUGGCCCCCUGCAAUUUGCAUUCAUCUGCAUCCAUUUGGCCAUCGGGUAGAGUCAACAAUCUGUUUCGUUUGCCUCCUUUCAGCUACAUCUGUCUCUAAUUAGCUUGAUGGCAAAAUUGUGUGUACGGGAUAAUUGAAAAAUUGUUUUUCCAGUGAAUCUGCUUAAUUCUAAUACUACGAAAUAAAAUGUUCAGACUUUGAAAUAAAAUAUAACCAAAGAAAUGAAAUCCAGUACUGAAAUAAGCUAACCAAUACAUUGUCGAGGAAACGUGGGGGAAUGAGAGAUGAGCAGAAACUGAAAACGGCAGAAAAAACUAAAGUGAAAUCAUCUAACAACAAAAGUGGAAAAAUAGUGCAAUGCCGGAAAUGAAUAUGCAAAAAAGCCAAAAGGGAUAUGAAAAAUGCAAAUAACCCAGCAAAAUCGAAUGUUAACCCUACGGCACAUACAUAUGUGAGUCACUGUGACUACUAAUUGUACGAAAGCAACAACGACAACAACGACAGAAAACAGAAAACCAUAAAAAAAGACAAACAAUACAACUGAAAAAUGCAUUAAAUCUAACCACAAAACACAUAGAGAAGAGAGAGAAAUAAGGAAAUUGUCCAACCAACCAAAUUGGCUAAAUGCGAAAAACAGAAAAAUUGAUUUCUGUGGUUUCAGUGCUAACGAAAUCGACAUUGUCCAUUCAACUCAUAAAUAAUUGAACGUCAACGUUAACGUGUUGCAAAUGCCACUGGAAAUGUUUAAUAUUUGGCGAAUUUUCAUCUUUGUUCUUGUCUAUCUAACAGCUUUGCCAGGAUUCAGUGUGGGACUGCGCAAUGUCAAUGUUCGCAUUCCAGCGGCUGUUAAACGCGGCGAUAAUGCGCUCUUAAUCUGCAAUUAUGACAUCGAGAACGAAACGCUAUAUACGGUGAAAUGGUAUCGAGGACGACGUGAGUUUUAUCGGUAUACGCCAAAGGAGAAUCCGGCAUGGAAGAUAUUUACGAAAACCAACGAAAUCGAUGUUGAGACUACAAAAUCGAAUGCAAGUCAUGUAUUAUUACGCAAUGUGCCCACUUCAAUAUCUGGAAAAUUUGCAUGUGAAGUUUCUGCCGAUGCUCCUACCUUUGACACUUCUAUUGUUACUGCCGAUAUGGAAGUUGUGGAACUGCCCACCCAACGACCCAUCAUAACUGGCAUACACUCCAGAUAUCGAUUGGGCGACAUUGUCAAUGGGAAUUGUUCAUCGGAUUAUUCAAAGCCGGCGGCAAAUCUCACCUGGUGGAUUAAUGAUAUACAAGUUCCACCCAACUAUUUACGCAUCUAUGAUAUACAACGACAUCUCGCAGAGAAUCUUGAGAGUGCGGUUCUGGAACUGAAUUUUGUGGUCACAGUACACCAUUUCAUCAAAGGACGAUUGAAGCUUAAAUGUUCAGCUCGCAUUCAUGACAUCUAUGCACAGGAGAGUGAAAAAAUGAUUGAAGAGGAUCGACCUAGAAUAUUGGCAUCUGGACGCUCGCCCGACAUGAAUAUGUAUCCAUUUGAUCAACCGGGCGAUGUGGAUGAGCACAAUGAAUUAUUCUUGACGCGCAAAAAUGCUGCCUCAUCGGCUUCGAGAAUGAAUUGGAAUCUUAUGCAUACCUUGGUCAACUGGCUACGGUGAUGCGUUUAUCCCUUUUGCAGGAGAGAUUUCAGUGGACUUUAAAGCAGGGCAUUCAAUAUGCAUCUAACAUCACAUGGAACUAACAUUUCCAAAUAACAAUGAAACCCUUAAAUAAACAAUUAUACAACACAAACGCAAAUCAUAUAAUUAUAGCAAAUUAAAUAGCAAAUUCAACUUGAUAAAGCCCUCAGAAAUAAACCCAAAAAGAAAGCAUAGUCUAUACAUAAAUAUAUAAACACCCCACAUCUACCUAUGUAUACCUACAUACAUACCUACAACCUAUACCUAUACUAAGUAUGUAACUGUAAAAAUCCAAAAAAAAAAACAAACAUUUUUGAAAUGUUGCAUCCUCUCAAUUGAACAAACCGAACGAAAUCGCGCUAAAUCCUAUCCUUAAGUCAAAUGUAAAUACACAUGCAUACACAGACACACACAAACACUUACA